AUGGCCACAACGUCCGGCGUACGAUCAAAGGCUUUGAGGGUGGAGAGAAAAUCGCUUCGACAGAAAAGAGACCGACGCAAGACGAAUCUAGAGAAGAAGUCGCAAGAAUAUAGCGAGAUUUGCGGUGCGGAUGUUUGCUUGGGGAUACGCAUUCGAGAAUCAGGCAAGGUGUUCAUUUUCUCAGCCGACGCAUCAGGGUUUUGGUCAUUCCUAAGCUCUCAGCUAGGCUCCUACUAUCCAACGCCAGUUGAGAGAAGCAAUAAGAACCUCUAA